UUAACACCUUCAUUACUACUAACUAAUAAAGUGCAGUCAUCUUUGUCAUUUCCCCUAACUUUUUUCUCCUUUCUCCAUUUCCAGUAGUACCUUGCUUUCUCUACAACCUAUCUCUUUUUUAACUAAUGUUUACUAAAAAAUAGCCCAAAGUUAAUAAUUCUUGUGUUUCUCCUUUAGCAAGGAAAGAACAAUGAUUUUAACCAACCUGUUAUGAUUAUUUCUCCUUCAUUCUUGCUUGCCCCCCACAAAUUCUUGCUUGCACCCCACAACUCUUUUUUCUUAUAAAGUGUGUAUUUUUAUCAAGAAUUUCACAAGAACUAGUUCUUGAAUUCCAAAUAUGUCUGAAACCCCAUCUCAGAAAGAGUAUGAAAAAGUUACUUUCUUGAUUGUUGUUAAGAAAAUAAAAAGAUUCAGGCUAUUUGAACCUUCUUUAAGUAUUCUUGGAUUCUUUUUAGUUAUCUGUCUUGUUUUGUGCUUUGCCUUGUUGGAUUAUAGAAGUGUUGCUAAAGUGUUGAAACUUUCUGCAAAGUCUCAGAGGUUUUUAUGGUUGAGAUUUGAUAAGCCAAUUUUUGAGAGGAAAAAAAUUGAUUUUUUGAGUGAAAAUGGUGGUAGUUGUAAUGUGUUUGAUGGUGACUGGAUUUGGGAUGACAAUUAUCCUUUGUAUAAUUCUAGAGAUUGUAAAUUCUUGGAUGGAGGUUUUAGGUGUACUGAAAAUGGAAGGCCUGAUUUGUUCUACACAAAAUGGAGAUGGCAGCCUAAAACUUGCAAUUUGCCCAGAUUUGAUCCGAGGACCAUGCUAGAAAAACUGCGAAAUAAACGUAUAGUGUUUGUCGGAGACUCAAUUGGGAGAAACCAGUGGGAGUCUUUGCUUUGCAUCCUUUCUUCAGCUAUAUCCAACAAGAACAACAUUUAUGAAGUUAAUGGCAGUCCUAUCACAAAACACAAAGGGUUUUUGGUCUUCAAGUUUGCUGAUUACAAUUGCACCGUCGAAUACUAUAGAGCUCCAUUUCUUGUGCUGCAGAGCCGACCUCCUGCUGGUUCCCCAGCCAAUAUAAGAACAACUCUAAAGUUAGAUAAAAUGGAUUGGAACUCUUUAAAAUGGAAGGGUGCAGAUGUCAUUGUUUUCAAUACUGGACACUGGUGGAACUAUGAGAAGACCAUAAGAGGGGGUUGUUACUUCCAAGAGGGGUCAGAAGUGAAAAUGGAUAUGAGAGUGGAUAUUGCCUAUGAGAGGUCUUUGCAAACGGUGUUAGAAUGGGUAAGUCGUGAAGUUAACUCCAAUAAAACCCAGGUCUUCUUUCGGACAUAUGCCCCUGUACAUUUCAGAGGUGGAGACUGGAAAACUGGGGGAGGCUGUCACCUGGAGACACUUCCAGAUCUAGGCUCUACAUUGGUGCCACCCCACACAUGGGCUCGAUACAGUAUAUUCCGUGAUGUAAUGUCAACUCGCUCAAACACGUCAAAUUUAGGAUCAUUACAUGUUCUAAAUGUAACACAUCUGACCUCCAGAAGAAAAGAUGGGCAUUCAUCAAUGUACUAUUUGGGUCCUAAGUUAGGCCCAGCACCUAUCAAUAGGCAAGAUUGCAGCCACUGGUGCCUUCCGGGAGUCCCAGAUGCAUGGAAUGAGCUACUCUAUGCCCUAUUUAUGAAGCGCCAAGCAACUGAAACUUCGAACACAUCAACCAUCCAAGUACAAUGAUCCGAGGUUGAUUCUAGAAGAUGUGCUUUAUCUAUACACUCAACGGGACUAAGACGUGUCAAAUAUAAGGAUGCCUGUCCGAUAAAUACAGUAUCGAGAAGAUAACAAAGAUUACCAGACACAGGAGGCAAGGGAAGAACCAGUUGUGGAUAUCUCAUUGCUGUUUCAAGACUUGCUUCUAUGUAGUUGCAACUAAAGAUAGGCCCAUUUUUAGGGGUAAGGUGUAAACAGGGUCAUUGAAUAAAAUAGAUAAGCUCAUAGAUAGGAGAUUAGGAGAAUUUCAAUUGUAGUGAAAUUUUGGGCUACAACUUGUAGCUGGACAAAGAAAGGAUGUAAGUUGAAGUUGCUCUGUCGAUUUAACUUAUUCAGUCUGA